GGGCCCGGCCCAGAGCCCCGGGCGGUCGCAUUGUUUUCCUGCGCGGAGCCGCGGCUGGAGUGGGGGCUGCGACUGAGACCCAGGACUCGCCCGACCCGACUGCGCCCGCGAGGUCGGAUCCGAGCUCCAUCCCAUUCGGACGCUCGUCACGUCUCGCCAGAGCCCCAAUCACGGAUUGCAAACUCGGCGCGGUGCGGGGCCGCUGCCCGCCCGCUGCGAUCUUGGUCCCGCUGACCCGGAUCUCCGAGCAAGUACCCCGGAGCGGGGAUGGGGUUGCAGGGAGGCGAGGAGGACCCGGGGCGCCGCAGGCUGGGGACAACCUUCCGAAGUGCGAGAGGGACCCGGGAGGGUGCCAGCGCGCUGUGUGCCUGCCUGACGGAGAGGGUCAGCGGAGUUGGGGUGCACGGAGAGAGGAGGGAACCGUGGCCGAACCCUGUCAAUGCACUGUUGGGCGCAGGAUCUGGGCGCCUUUUCCCACCGGGUUUCUCCGAGCCGCGUCCUUUGCAUUGGGGAGCACGAAAGGCGAUUAUUUGAGGCGCGCACCGUACAGAGGGUGGAAAAUCUGGUCCCUUGACUCCCCAGCAGGAAAACUAAGGCUCUGAGACCCGCGGAGAACUGGACCCUCUCGAUGUCCCUGCAGGGAUGGGAAGGGGGACGCGUCGUUCGGACUUUGGUGUGACGCCUGCACCUCUGUCCUUGUGCAAACGGGAGUCUGAGCACCUCUCAGGGGGUUGGCUUGGGCAGAGUGGGGGAAGGGGGGCCCCCCCAGAGAAACAACAGUCUCCAUGCUCUCCUCCUUCCUUCACCCCACUCGCCCCGGGGCUUUGUUAGACCGGGGUCUCCGAAGGAGAAGAGCCUGGCUGGCGACUGCACCUUGAGCCCGAGGACCCCGCUCAGCGCUGGUCCCAGGCCUGCCCUCCUCGGUUCCCAGCCUCUGGCCCUGUUUCUCUGGCCUCGGAGACCCGCCUCCGCUCCUUAAUCCCCGCUCCCAUCCCCACUCUGUCUGCGCCCGCAGGCCCCUCCAGCCCCUCCUCCCGCUAACGUGGCUCUGGGACCCGGUCCCGGCCCAGACUCUGUUACCCGCCCCUCUUGGAGCCCCAGAUCCAGUGAAGGGGAGACACGUCGAGCCCCUGGCCCUGGGCCCACCUUAUGCCAGGGUCUAGACACCUGGAUUAUCCUCGUUGGGGGCUGGGUAGGAAGGAGGGUAGGUUAGGAGCCAGGGGCUGGGGGAAAUGUCUUGGAGAAGGGAAGGCGCCUUCAGCCUGUUCCUCGAGGAUUCUCGGACCGCCCCUCACCCCCUCUACCUCUCCUCUACUCCCCCAGAGGAAGGUGGACUGGGGUGGGCAACCAGCCUGAGAGCUUCCUGCUAUUGUCCCCAGCCCAGUCUCCCCUUCUCCAUCCCUUCCCCAGCCUCCCCUAAGACUCUGCUUAUGACUCUGGCUAUGACCUGGCCACUCCCCAGAGGUGGCUGCAAGGGCUAGGAGGAGAGAGAAGGGCUGUUUCCUCUCCCAGCAAAGGGAGGACCUUGGAGGGGGAGAUAGAGACAGCCAGCCCCCCCAGCCCCCCGCCAUUUUCCUCAGAUGGGGGAUAUUAUGCAGCUGGGGUUGGUCCCAGCGGAGUAAGCCUUUCCCCAGGCCUGGAGUGGGAUGGGGACUGCUUAGAUACUGCUUCUCCAAAAACAGAUAUGGGAAGCCCUCUUAAAGAUGUAUUAUACUUAAGUCUAGGGGGCCAAUGCAAAGGCCAACCAAGUGUUUUCAGAGGCUGGACUAAUCCAGUCUAAGUUGGGGUGGGGUGGGGUGCAGAGACAUUGGGUGGGAGGGAGCAGGACCUGCUCUCUCAGGGAAGAAGAAAGGGGCUGGGGGUGCUUGCUAUCAGAGCAUUUUGCCUAGAAAUGAAGAGCAUGUAAAUGAGAUGCAAAUUAGCCUCUAUUGUCCCCAGCUAGGGCGCUUUUGCGAAGAAGCCUGCUGGAUUCUGAGGGUUUUAAUGUGGAGGUGGUCAUCCUGCCCCCACAAACUCUCCCAGUCAACCUUUUCCCCAGGACUGGUCAUGCAAUUCCAGGAGCUUCUGGCUAGGAGCCAGCCCCAGCCCCUGCCCUCACAUCUUUAGGUACAAAGCGGCCAGCACCUUUGCAAUCAAGCUUAAUGUCAACUCCCCCGACACACACACACUCUUCCAGGGCAGCAGGUCCCCUACCCUGGCCUCAUAGACUUCUGAAUUUUCACAUUUUCUUUUAAGGGAUGUAGUAAAGAGGUGUAGCUAAGCCUCUUCCCUCCUGUCCCUCUUUCAUCAGGUCAGAAUCCUAUCCCCCUCAAACCCCCACAGGAGUCAUCACCCCAGGGCUGGCAUAUGGGUGAGGGGGCACCCCCUGGGGCCUAAGCUGCCCCGCACAGGAUGCCCCGUGCCCCCUACUUCAUGCCUUUGCUGUUUCUGCUGCUGUUGCUCUCACUUCCCCACACCCAGGCGGCCUUUCCCCAGGACCCCCUCCCUCUGCUGACCUCUGACCUGCAAGGUACUUCCCCAUUAUCCUGGUUCCGGGGCCUGGAGGAUGAUGCUGUGGUUGCAGAACUCGGGCUGGACUUUCAGAAAUUCCUGACCUUGAACCGGACCUUGCUAGUGGCUGCCCGGGAUCACGUUUUCUCCUUCGAUCUUCAAGCUCAGGAAAAAGGAACAGGGCUGGUGCCCAACAAGUAUCUGACAUGGCGGAGUCAAGACAUGGAGAACUGUGCUGUACGGGGAAAGCUGACGGACGAGUGCCACAACUACAUUCGUGUUCUUGUUCCCUGGGACUCUCAGACACUCCUUGCCUGUGGAACGAAUUCAUUCAGCCCCGUGUGCCGCAGCUAUGGGAUAACUUCGCUGCAGCAGGAGGGUGAAGAGCUGAGUGGACAGGCUCGAUGCCCCUUUGAUGCCACCCAGUCCAACGUGGCUGUCUUUGCAGAGGGCAGCCUUUACUCAGCCACUGCUGCGGACUUCCAGGCCAGUGAUGCUGUAGUUUACAGAAGCCUCGGGCCUCAGCCCCCACUCCGCUCCGCCAAGUACGACUCCAAGUGGCUCAGAGAGCCACACUUUGUCCAUGCCUUGGAGCAUGGAGACCAUGUCUACUUCUUUUUCCGGGAGGUCUCUGUGGAGGAUGCCCGGCUGGGAAGGGUACAGUUCUCCCGAGUUGCCCGUGUGUGUAAGCGUGACAUGGGUGGCUCGCCUCGGGCCUUGGACCGCCACUGGACAUCCUUCCUGAAGCUGAGGCUCAACUGCUCUGUCCCUGGGGACUCUACCUUCUAUUUUGACGUCUUACAGGCCUUAACUGGGCCUGUGGACUUGUAUGGCCGCUCCGCUCUCUUUGGGGUCUUCACCACCCAGACCAAUAGCAUCCCUGGCUCUGCGGUCUGUGCCUUCUACCUGGAUGAUAUCGAGCAUGGGUUUGAGGGCAAGUUCAAGGAGCAGAGGAGUCUGGAUGGGGCCUGGACACCUGUAUCUGAGGACAGGGUUCCCUCCCCCAGGCCAGGAUCCUGUGCCGGAGUUGGUGUGGCUGCCUUGUUCCCCUCCUCUCGAGACCUACCCGAUGAUGUCCUGACCUUCAUCAAGGCUCACCCGCUGCUGGACCCCGCUGUGCCACCGGCCACCCAUCAGCCUCUGCUCACCCUCACCAGCAGGGCCCUACUGACCCAGUUAGCUGUGGAUGGUAGGGCUGGUCCCUACAGGAACACCACAGUCCUAUUCCUGGGCUCCAAUGAUGGGACCGUGCUGAAGGUGCUGCCCCCAGGGGGGCCCUCUGGAGGACGUGAGCCCAUCCUGCUGGAGGAAAUCAAUGCCUACAGCCCCUCCAGAUGCAGUGGGAAGCGGGCCGCCCAAACAGCACGGCGGGUCAUAGGGCUGGAGCUGGACCCUGAAGGUCACAGGCUCUUUGUGGCUUUUUCUGGCUGCAUCAUCUACCUCCCUCUCAGCCGGUGUGCCCGGCACGGGGCCUGUCGGAGGAGCUGCCUGGCUUCUCAGGACCCAUACUGUGGAUGGCACAGCUCCAGAGGCUGUGUGGAUAUCAGGGGACCUGGUGGGACUGAUGUGGACCCAGCUGGGAACCAGGAAUUCACGGAGCACGGCGACUGCCAAGAUGGAGCUACUGGGAGUCAGUCUGGCACAGGGGAUUCUGCUUAUGUGCUUCUGGGUCCUGGCCCUUCCCCUGAGACCCCCAGCCCCCCCAGUGAUGCCCACCCCUGGCCCCAGUCUUCCACUCUUGGAGCUCACACUCAGGGCGUGCGCCGGGACCUCCCCCCAGCCUCAGCCUCCCUCUCCGUCCCCAUCCCACUCCUCCUGGCCUGUGCUGCUGCAGCCUUCGCCCUGGGCGCCUCAGUCUCUGGCCUCCUGGUCUCCUGCGCCUGUCGCCGGGCCCACAGACGUCGGAGCAAGGACGUCGAGACUCCGGGGCUCCCGCGCCCUCUCUCCCUUCGCAGCCUGGCCCGGCUGCACGGGGCGGGCCCAGAGCUGCCGCCCAAGGACAGAGACGGGGCGCAGAUGCCCCAGCUCUACACCACCUUCCUGCCUCCCCCCGACGGCGUAGCCCCGCCGGAGGUGGCCUGCCUGCCCACGCCGGAGUCCACGCCCGAGCUGCCCGUCAAGCACCUACACCACGCUGGGGGGCCCUGGGAGUGGAACCAGAAUGGGAACAACGCCAAGGAGGGCCCCGGCCGCGCGCGGGGCGGAAGCGCUGCGGGAGGGCCAGCGCCGCGAGUGCUGGUGAGGCCACCACCGCCUGGCUGUCCCGGGCAGGCCGUGGAAGUCACCACCCUGGAAGAACUGCUGCGCUACCUGCACGGCCCGCAGCCAUCCAGGAAAGGGGUCGAGGCCCCGGCGGUGGCAGCAUUGACCUCGCGGGCGCUCCCACCAGAGCGGGUUCCCACCCCCGCCCCCUCCCUCUUUGCGGGCUCCAGCCUCCUCCCCCGAGAGUGCGGACCGCCUCUGAGGCUGGACGUGCCCCCCGAGGGGAAGUGUGCUGCGCCGUCCACCCGGCCCGCCCUCUCCGCCCCUGCUCCCCGGCUAGGGGUCGGAAGCAGUCGGAGGAUGCCCUUCCCCACGCACCGGGCGCCCCCCGCCCUGCUCACUCGGGUCCCCUCGGGGGGGCCCUCCAGGUACUGCGGGGGUCCCGGGAGACAUCUCCUGUAUCUGGGCCGGCCAGAGGGGUAUCGGGGCCGCGCUCUGAAGAGGGUAGACGUCGAGAAACCCCAGCUGCCCCCGAAGCCUCCCCUCGUCUCGCCCUCUUCCCAGCCGGCUGUCCCCAACGGCAGCCAUUUUAACUUUUAAAAGGGAGCUGCGCCACGUCUUCGGAUGGCGCCCUUGAAGCCCGUGCCCUCAAAGGCCAAGAGCGUGGACGCAUCUCCAAGGACAGAGGCCCUCCCUCUCUCCGUGUUCCACACCUCCAGCCUUCCUGGACUCUGAGAGUCUCCCGGGGUCCCAGCCCGCCUCGGGUUUAUUUAUUGACGUCUUUCCCCCUGUCCUCGAGAGAGGAGUGGGAGGUGAGAAGCUCGCCCCCUCAGUGAACCAGCUUUUCGGGGGGAACUGGCGCACUCCCACUCCCCCCUCCCUCAGCCAAGCUGCCUUAACUCGCCCCUCCGGGCUUCCUCCAUAGACUGGGCCGCGGGCGGGCCGCAGGGCGGAUGGACAGACCGACGGGGCUGGGGCCGCGCGCGCGUUUGUGUACAGAUUCCUCGGGCCUCCCAGGACGUGCCUCCUCCUACUGUGUAGGAGCCUCCGCUUCCCAAUACAGCAGUGUCCCCGA